AUGUGGGAUACGGGAAUUAUGUUGGCAUCAAUGCCUCCCAACUGUUCGGUCUUACUCACGGACCUCCCUGAGGUUGAGGAUAUAAUAACACGCAAUAUUAAUGCUGCCCAACUCGCAACCAUGUCCGGUGUACACUAUCAAAACCUCGACUGGGACGAUCCACUGGAUGAUCUCUGCCCCCGGCCCAUUGAGCUCAUUCUUGUCUCUGAGAGUACCUACAAUGCAGACAGCUUGCCAGCGCUAGUCUCACCCUCGACCGAUUGGUUCGGACAUCCCCGGAGGCAAUCAUUUUGGUCGCUCUAA